UUUGUAAUAACUUGCAAGUAAUACAUAAGUAAGCGCCGUUUCCGGCUUACAGAGCAAGAAAACUAGGCGGCGAAAAUGGACAUCAGAAUCGCCGACGGCGGCGGAGGAGGAGAGAAGCUGGAGACUUUCGAAGACGCUGGUGCUGCUACAGUGAUCAAUCUCGGCAAACAGAAACCAUUCAUGUCGCCAUCAGUUCCCUCGUCCUCUGUCUCUUCAUCACCGGAGAGAGUUGAGCCGGUGAAUGAUUCGCUGAACUGCGAGGAGGAGGAGGAGGAUGAGUUUGAGUGGGUGGCUGUUGAAAGAGAGGAUAAAGCUCCGGAGAUUGAGGAAGUUGAGGAUGCUUUCUCUGCACUUCAACUGAUGUUCAAUGAUGAUGAUAAAGAAGAAGUUUCAGAUCAGUCGGAGUUUGUAGAUUGGAUUGAGCCUCCAUUGCAGCUCUGUAAUACUAGUCUUCUGCAGCCUUAUAUGCUGGACAGAUUCUACGACGCCUUUCAUAUGUUUCAGACCGAUCCAUCAGUUCAGAGAAUGGUUAUGUCAUUGGCUUCAGACAGGGCUGUUUGGGAUGCGGUGAUGAACAAUGAGGUUGUCCGGGAGCUCAUUAACAACGCUGAGGAGAGGUCACAAGAAGAAGAAGACUCUGGUAUAUCAGUGAACUUCAUAAGGAGGUUGCUUCAGAGAAGUGCCAUCAAAAUCAUGGAUGCAAUGGAAGGAGUCACAAAGUACGUCACUGACCUCUUCAAUGGAGAUGAGACGGUUGUUCCUGGAGAUGAGAUGGUCGUGUUAGCAACAGGUGCUGCGCCAGCGAUGGAGAAGCUUCAGAUGACGGUUCUGCUCGCCAUUGUUGUUUUGCUUAUCGUCUUCGUAAAUCGUAACCAGAGCAACAAGAGCUAGAUAGUUAUUAGACAUCCACAGCCAAACUAAUGAACUCAUGGCCUGCGUUAAAAAAGAUCUCUGGUGCUACUAUUGUGUAAUAAAAGGAAAAACAUCAGAAUAGAUACGUCAUUUGAAACAUUAAUCCCAACUUUGCCAUAAGCAAGAGUGUACCAAAAACACACUAUUAAAUUAGAUGUGAGAAUAGAGUUACAUU